UUGAGUAAUCUGGGUAAACCAACGACAGAAAUAGGUCUAUCGAGUACAUUUUAAUAAAUUAUGACAGUAACUUUGUGAAACGAUAAUUUUUUUAGAAUUACUAUAUUUAAACAAUAUUUAGAGGCUGCAGUCUAAUUUCCAUCACAUUAGUCUCUGGACUUUGUUGAAAGAUUAGUUUGUCCUAGAUUUUGUUUUUACCACUGUAAAUGGUUUGUCUUAUAUGUAGAUUUCAUUAUUCAUCGACAGAAAGACAACUCUCAGGCUAACCUAAGGAGGGCGCUAAAGAGCUCAAGCUGGGCUAACAGCAGAACUGAGCGAAACAUCAUUGUAGUAUCAUAUCAGUCGCCUUGUAUUUACCUGUUCAUCUCGGGAAAAAGAAGUGGAGCCCAACAAUGCGCUUAUUGUGCAUACUUUGAUGGCUGCAUGGAUAUUUCCUAAUGUCUACUAUUGCCUCCUGAAGCUCCAAAUUUGAAGAGGUAGUUUCUCACCAUGGCAUCAGAUGCCAGUCACGUGCUGGAGGCAGCCUUAGAGCAAGUGGAUGACAUUAUUGCCGUUUCCAAGGCUGCAGGGCCGGAAAGUGAGGCGGCCCGUGCCCUGGUCCCAGUCCCGUCUGUGGAACGGCGUCUGGCCGAGGAGCUGAGGGGCAGUCUGGAUGCUGAGGUGGGCGUGGGGCACAGGAAUGUCCUGAGGAGGCAACUGCCCACCACCACAACACACACACUUCUGCUGUGGCUGGACAAAGGCCUGGUCAAUCUGCGGACACUAGGCAACAAUGAGAGCUACCAAGAGCGACUGUCUCGACUAGAGGGAGAUAAGGAAUCUCUUGUGUUACAGGUGAGUGUGUUGACAGACCAGGUAGAGGCUCAAGGAGAAAAGAUCAGAGACUUGGAGAAUUCUCUGGAGGAGCACCAGCACAAACUCAACUCCACAGAAGAGAUGCUGCAACAGGAGCUACUGAGUAGGACGGCGCUCGAGACCCAGAAAUUGGAUCUGAUGGAUGAGGUUUCGUUUCUGAAACUGAAGCUGGUAGGCAUGGAGGAGAGGCAGAAUCACACCGUGGAGAGGCAGCAUAAUGCCGAGCAUGUAGUGAAUCUGAUUAGUGAGCUGCAGGAGCAGAUGUGUAGAAUUCAGCAAGAGCUCUCUUGUAAGAUCCGUGAGAAACAGGACGCAGAGGCCCAGGAACUGGACCCCGAUGAGGGUGCGGGAGCUAGCCCAGCCGAGGCUCUUCCAGGUGGGGCAGUGGAGGCUGAAGACGGGCCCAUGCUGGAGCCAGGCUCCGGAGGUUUAGAUGCUGAGGAGCGCUGUUGCUGUGGCAAAGAAAGUGGCUUGCUGCAGGAACUGAGAUUGCUCAAAAAUAAAGUCAAUGAGCUCGAGGACGAGAAGUCGCAGUGCGAGCAGAAACUCAAAGCUACAAAGCUCUCUGUCUCCUACUCUCUUCACGUGUGUUACCAGUCUCUGGUGACCCAGCUGUCCAGUCUGAGGCUCUCAGUGGAGCAGCUCCAAGUGGAGCGGCAGCAGUGGGAGGAGCGCAGCAGGAGCCUCCAGGCGGAGAUCUCAAGCCUCCAGCAGCUGCUGCAGUGUAAGAAUGCUGAGAUAGAGAACCUGCAGACCCAGCUCCUAUCCAGAGCCCCUGUCUCUGUGGACAGCUCAGAAAGAGAGGAGAUAUACAGGAGAAGGCUCCACAGCAAACAUCAAGAGUUACAAAAGUUAAAGGCAGGGAUGGAAUUACUAAUUGCAGCCAAUAAUGAAAAGGAUCGGCGUAUAGAGGAGCUCUCCCUCCUCCUGAACCAUUGCAGACAGUUUAGAGAUGGCAUGACCCUAUUGCAGCCACUUUCAGCUUUACAAGUCAGCAUUGAGGAAGAAGAGAAAAGUGGAGGAGUGAGGAUGAAGGCUCUCGCAGUAAAGGCUCACUCUGAGCUGAUGUCCAGCUUUUCCUCUCCCCUUCUUGUGUCCACAAUUUCCACUCAGAAAGAGACAGAAUUCAGCUCACAAUCCAAACUUCUGUCCUGUAGCAUGGAGGACUUGAAAAGUGGAGUGACACAAAAGACUGUAAUCGGGACUUCUGUUCAACCUGUUUGUUCAGAGAAGACUCCGAAUUCCAACUUCAGACCCCAGAUGGGUGUUUUCACUCAAACAGAGGGUGGAAUGAGUGACGCCCAGAGGUCUCCAGAAAGCAGCGAGAACAGUGACCUGCUUCGCUGCAGGAGUGCCAGCGCUCCCAUUUUAGGAAAAACAGAAAGACUGCAGGACACAAGCACAUCUGAUUCUUCUCCAGUGCUGCCUAGAGGGGAAUCUGACCAGCAGUCCCCUGUUUCACAGGAAGCUGUGAAGAACAACAAGAGCAUACGCAGACUGUGGGGAAAGAUCAGGAGGACGCAGUCGGGGGGGUUGCAGGGAGAUGAUCUAGAGCCCACUGAAUUCAAAAGAGGUGGCUUCCGAGCCACAGCUGGCCCCAGACUCGCCCGAACACCUGAAUCUGCUCGGGCGACCCGAGAUAUGACAGUGCCCUUCUCUAAGUGGACCACAGAGCAGGUUUGUGGAUGGCUGGAGGACUGUGGACUGGGUCAUUAUGUUAACCUGACCCGCCAGUGGGUGGUCAGUGGUCAGACCCUCCUUUUGGCCACACCACAGCAGUUUGAGAAGGAGAUGGGCAUCAAACACCCCCUCCACAGAAAGAAAUUGCAGCUGGCCCUCAGGUCGUUCACCAGCAAAGCAAUGGAGAAAUCCUCUGAGCUCGAUCACAUCUGGGUUACAAGGUGGCUGGAUGACAUCGGCUUGCCCCAGUACAAGGACCAGUUCCACGAGAGCAGGGUAGAUGGCAAAAUGCUUCAGUAUCUGACCGUGAAUGAUCUUCUGUUCCUGAAAGUCACUAGUCAGCUCCAUCACCUCAGCAUCAAGUGUGCCAUUCAUGUGCUCCAUGUGAACAAGUUCAACCCCCACUGCCUCAGACGCAGGCCAGGGGACGAGAAUAAAACAUCUCCCUCUGAGGUGGUGCAGUGGUCGAACCACCGGGUGAUGGAGUGGCUUCGCUCUGUGGACCUGGCUGAGUACGCACCCAACCUCAGAGGCAGCGGCGUCCAUGGGGGCCUCAUAAUCCUAGAGCCCCGUUUCAGCUCCGAGACUUUGGCCAUGCUGCUCAACAUCCCUCCCCAGAAAACUCUACUCAGGCGCCAUUUAGCCACCAACUUCAACAAUCUUGUGGGCCUGCAGGCCCAGCAGGAAAAACGAGAGUAUGCCAACACCAGCGGGCACACACCCCUCACAACCACUGCCAAAGUCCGGCCGAAGAAGCUGGGCUUCACAAACUUCAGCCACCUGAGGAAGAGGAGGCCCGACGACUCUGCGGACUACAUCUGUCCGGUGGAAGCGGAGGCCUCACCGGUCUUGAAUGGAACUCCUCACCACACUCAGGCUGGCUUCAGGGGUCUGAGCCCUAUGACGGACAGAAACUCUGAGAGAGUGGAUCACGUCGGGCCGAGGAGCUGAUCCUUUCACCCCACCUUUCCCAGUCAGCAGCUGCCCUCUUUAGGCAGUGACUCUGUGCUUGCCCCCUCUCCUCCCUCAUGCUGAUGGACAGCCCAGAAAAGAAAAGCCCGGCCCCUGCUGCUUGUUGAAUUAAGGAUGAGAUUCUCAGCUGAUUCAUAUGGGAGAGCAUUAAGUGGGAGUCAUGUGGACUUUUUAUGAGUGCGGGGACUUUCUUAUUAUUGUGUCAUUGUUCUUGGCAUGCUGAAAGCUGGUGUAAUGUAUUAGUGAAGAAGAUCUUAGAAAUUUGAAUCAGAACUACAAAAUGCUUUACAUUAUUAUGAACAUCAAAUACGAGGGUGAAUCAGAAUCAGAGAAAAUGGGAGCAGUAUGUGUUUAAAUGGAAACACACAACCAGACAGGUUCAGUAUGUGUUUAAAUGAAACUCAACAAUACAUAGAGGAAAAGACCACCAGAGGAGUGUUAUUGUGAGGUUGUGUCUAGGCUUUCUCACACUAAUUAGAAGUCAGCAAAAGUAAGGUAGUGUUCCUGAUGAUUUGUGUGUUCAAAUGGCCACACUGACCCAUGCCAGGAGACCAGGGUUGAUGUGGGUGAUGCAAUAGCAUCAAAUUAUUUAUCAUUUAUCCAUGCUUCCAUCUCUCUCUCUCUCUCUCUCUCUCUCUCUCUCUCUCUCUCUCUCUCUCUCUCUCUCUCUCUCUCUCAGGUUAAUGGUCAGUCAUAUUCCAACUUCCAGCCUUGUUAAAAAUAUUAAUUAAAUAUACUUUGCUAUAAAAGCACCACAUCUUACUGACUAGCAUAUAACAUUAUGGUAUUUUAGUCCUUGUUUUAUUUUUGUGUUUAAAAGAAAGUGAUAUUUUCGCAUGGAGAUAUUUUUCACAGAUACCAAUACAAAAUAUUUUGUAUUUGUCUAACAUUUGCUUAACCAGGACAGUCAUAGUGAGAUUAAAAGAGAGAAAAUAUGCAGGUUUAAAACUUUAAAACUCAAUUAUAAUACUAAUGUGUAUAUUAAAUUUCAAUUAAACUAAUUCUGCUGCAUUUAAUAGGGACACAGGAAACACAGAAUAGGCAACCAUCUCCUAUCUCCUAAUAACAUACUAGUGAGUUUUAAGUUUAUUUACACUUUGUGGCCAUCCUGAAUAGAUGUACAUAAUUUGAUCACAUAAUUUGAGUGCUAGUUAGCAUUCAUUCAUACAUUUUUUUAAGUACUUAUACUAUAGAGACACGUUUGAUUACUGGACCUUGAAGCCAGUGGAUUCACAAGGAUUAGAAAAAUAAAUAUAUUUCCUGGUAUUUGUGGUGCAAUACGGCCAGCAACUGGCAAAAAACAAAAACAAAAAAAAACCUCGGAAUAAAAAUUGUAAAUGGUAAUUGCUGCUGUAAAGUGGCAGAGAAAUACAGUCAAGUGUUAAGUGCCCAAAUGCCGUGUACAUCCCUGGCUGCAUUUUUGUGUUCUAGCAGUUACCCGCUUGGACUGGCCUAAAUCAACAAGAAGAAACUUUUUUUUUUUUUUUUUCCAGGUAGCGCAAACAUUUCAUUGUUAAACUGAUGCCGAUGGUACUCUUCUAGUAUUUAUGAUACUUUAUCAGUAUUUGUUGUUCACCAAAUUACUUACUAUCGUCUUACAUUGCGAUUGGAAACACUAUGAGGUGGCCUGAGAGUUGUGAACAGAAGUAAAAGAGCAAAAACCA